AAUGUGGGUAAAAGGUCACGUCUCUACACGAUCCCAUCAGCUUUCCGACCUCCCACACCGUCCCUCGCUCUUGUUAGCGAGCAGCUGUAGCUGGCGGCCGUCUUGGAUUUAACAAACAAUGGCUUUCUUUACUCAUCACAUUACUCGAAGUCUGUCGUCUUCAGUCGUCAGAAAUGCUGUGAUCAAGAAUGUCACGAUCAUCGGCGGAGGACAAAUGGGUGCAGGUAUCGCACAGGUUGCUGCAGUAUCUGGCCAUUUGGUCACAAUCGUGGACACAUCUGACAGCGUCCUGAUCAAAUCUAUUAAGGGAAUUGAAGGCAGCUUGAAAAGGGUGGUCAAGAAGAAGUUUGCUGAUAAGCCCGAGGCAGGACAGGAGUUCAUCCAGAAUGUCAUGAAGAAUGUGUCAACCUCAACAGAUGCAGCUGCUGCAGUUAAGAAGACAGACCUUGUGCUUGAGGCUAUUGUGGAAAACUUAAAGAUCAAGCAAGAUCUGUUCAGUGGCUUGGACAAAGUGGCCCCCGAACACACCAUCUUUGCCAGCAACACAUCGUCAUUGCCCAUUGGUGACAUAGCCAGCUCCACAAACCGGCUAGACAGAUUUGGGGGUCUUCACUUCUUUAACCCAGUGCCUAUGAUGAAGCUUGUUGAGGUAAUCGGGACUUCUGCAACCGGCCAAGAGACUUUUAAUUCCCUCCUGAGCUUCAGCAAAGCAUUAGGGAAGACACCUGUGUCCUGCAAAGACACUCCUGGCUUCAUUGUAAAUCGCCUACUCGUUCCCUAUAUGAUGGAAGCCAUCCGACUGCAUGAACGAGGUCAUGGAUCUAAAGAGGAUAUUGAUAUUGCAAUGAAGCUUGGUGCUGGCUAUCCCAUGGGACCCUUUGAGCUCUUGGACUACGUAGGACUGGACACAGCAAAGUUCAUCCUGGAUGGCUGGAGUGCAAUGGACCCUGGCAAUCCCCUCUUUGCCCAAAGUGAAAUGCUAAACAAGUUGGUUGCAGAAGGCAAAUAUGGUAAAAAGACUGGAGAGGGAUUCUACAAGUACAACUGAGUUUCCAGACAUAAAUAAUUUACCAUGAAAUCACAACUGGUAAAAGGUCUCUAAAAUACAGACGAGGACUCAGGAAAAACAACUUGACGCGCUCGAUAGAAUGUGAACGGUGGUGCACCAAUAACUGAUAUAGGCAUAUGCAAGGGCAGAAGAAUAAACAUGACUACCGGAAAACAGAAUUCACACUGACCUAAAGGGUGUUCAUUGACACGAUCAACUUUUCAGUCCGAUAGGACUAAGAUUCCUGGCAGAUUGAAACAUUUGUUUGUCAGUGGAUUAAAACAUUCAAUAGGAGUAUGACAAGCACUAUGAAGGAGCAAUGAACUUUCUGUAAAUUCACAAAAAUGGUCAACCAAGUACUGAUGAGAACAAAAUAGCAGAUAGUCCAAAAUAAUUGAGUUAACGUUCAACAUUGCUUUACUUGACCUGUGUGCCUUCCAGAGAAAAGGUUAACCUCAGUUGUGCCUUUAUUCUGGGCUUUCACUGUGCCAGAAUGUCAUCUGUACAUGUUCUAACAGUUUGUCGCAUUAAAAGGAUUCUUCUAAAUGUGUCACACUUGUUUUCAUGCCAGUCUUUUGUCAAGUGAAUGGCAUUGCCUGCUGCAGUAAGGACAUUGAGAAAUAAUUAUAUAAACCAAUGUCUAUUGUAAUAUUUAAUUAAAAAUGUUAAACACAAA